CAACCUUCUACGGCCUUCCCAAAAUCCACAAACAGGAUGUCCCCCUACGCCCCAUUGUGUCCAGCAUAGGUUCUGUCACGUACGAGUUAUCAAAAUUUCUAGCUAAGAUCCUGGGACCUUUAGUGGGGAAGUCUCAACAUCACGUUCAGAAUAGUGCAGACUUCGUUGACAAAAUCAAAGAUCUCCGGGUAGAAGAAGAUGAAAUCAUCACUUCUUACGAUGUCUGUUCGCUUUUCACUUGCAUACCUCCUAAGGACGCAGUCUCGGUAGUCAAGGAAGCCCUGGAGGCUGACAACACACUAACAGACAGAACCAAGCUAUCUCCAGACCAACUGUGCAAACUGUUAGACCUUUGCCUAGGGUGUACGUAUUUCUCUUUCAAAGGACAGUUCUACCAACAACUGCACGACUGUGCUAUGGGAUCACCAGUGUCGCCCAUUGUUGUAAACCUCUACAUGGAAAAGUUUGAAGUGAAGGCUAUCAGUACUUUCAAGGACACUCCCCCACUCAACUGGUUCCGCUACGUAGAUGACACUUAUUGCAAGCUAAAACAGAGAGUAGCUGAUGAGUUCUUUGACCACAUCAACCAAGUAGAUAAGAACAUCAAGUUCACACAGGAGUCAAGUCAUGACAACAUGCUCCCCUUCCUAGAUACCAAAACUAUCAUAGAGAAGGACGGCAGCCUUCAGUUCGAAGUGUACAGGAAACCGACGCACACUGACCAAUAUCUGGCCUUUGACUCUCACCACCCUUUGGAACACAAACUGGCAGUGAUUACCAUGCCCUAUGUCCAAGGAGUUUCGGAAAAACUCAGACGGAUCUUCCAAAACUUCAACAUCGCCACUAACUUCAAACCUCACUCAACCCUCCGACACAAACUGGUACAUCCAAAAGACAAACCACAGAAAGGUACUAAGGCCAAUGUAAUCUACAGACUCAAAUGCGAGGAACCCAACUGUAACAACACAUACAUUGGUGAGACUAGCCGUCCACUAAAAGCAAGAUACCAAGAACAUUGCAAACCGAAGGCUAACGGCUACUCUUCUGCUAUUUUCAACCACCUAGAACACAACCAAGGA